AUGGAGGGACACGGAAUUGAUGUGAAGAGCGCAUGGGUUGAGUUUACUGCAGAGUUAUGUGAUGAGUUGAACGAUGCCCGCUGUCUUGGAGUUGCUGCCGCUACACCAGAGGAAGCUUCGGGUAUUUGCGCCCUCGUUGAUGAGGCAUGUGCCAGCCUUGUUAGUGCAAAGGAUGAAACGGAGUUUCUGUUUCCUUUGAACUCGUUGAUGCACACGACGCGCGUAUGCUUCACGAAUGAAAAUAACAUAAAAAAAUUAGAGGAAUGCACUGCUGUUUAUGGUCGUGUGCCAAUGGUUAUGCUCCUUGAGAUGAAAGAAAACCGCUCCUUUGUAUUAGAUUUUACUCCGGGAACAUCUGUGGCAGACGUUGAGGAGUUUCUCAGCGGUGUUGCACGCGGCACCGUUGCAAAAGCACUUCAAGGCGCUGCACCUCCCUCAGAUGACCACUUUCAGCCAGUUGAGGGAAUCACACUUCGUCAUGGUCUCUGUGCUGUGACGAGUACAAUAGAGCGACUCAAGCAUCAACAGCCCGGCGGCGCCCUCUGCAUAUUUUGGAGUCACCGCUGUUCAAUGUGUCCCCAUAUGAUGCUUCUGCUAGACGCCUCUGUUGGUGCCUUGCGGCGGGAGCUACAACGUCACGGCACUGAGCAGACCUUCACUUACAUGUGUUGUGACGUUGACGAAAAUGAUUUGCCGGAGGAAGUCUUUCCGAGGGCUCAGGAGGGAGAAGAAGUGACGGUUCCCCAAAUUGUGGCGUUCAACAGUGCUGGUGAGCGUUUUGUUUAUGACGGCCGUCGCACAGCACCUUCCAUCAUGUCGUUUGCGUGGGAACACUGCGUCCCAAAGGAGGUGAGAGAUGCAACGGAUAUCAAAAGGAGUGUGAUGAAGGCUGUUGAGUCGGUGUGCAUUGAAGAACUUCUGAAUAGUGACGUAUCAGCGAGAGUGAGUGGUGAUGUUGCAACAGCAGAAGUGGGAAAUGGGCUGUCGCAUGGGGGAGAGAUGGAGGAAAAACUGAAGGACCGUAAGAGGCCCCGGUGCGUGGGUUCCGAGUGA